CCAGCUCUAGCGUUAAUAGUGUACACACAAUGUUUUAGCGUUGCUUCGUGAAUUUUAAAUAAAAACAAUUUGUUUACGCUGAUUAAACAGUUGUCAAAAUGUGGAACAAACGGUCGCUAAAAAUCGGAAGUUCGCAAUGACCAAUUUUAAUAUUAAUUUAUUGCUUUAAUGCAACUAACUUAGUGCUUCAGAUAAAAAGAGGUGCUAGAUGUUUUACAAUAUUUUUGGAAAAGCAAAUUUGUUUAGGGACUGAUAAUGUAAUUCUUUGAAAUGCGCCGGAGAAUUGAUGCUCUAAAACCACUAAAAGUUGAUCGGAAAAUUAAACCUAAAAAUAAUAAUAAUAAAUAUGCUGCGAAAAGACUUGUAUUGUGCUUACUUAUUAAACAUAUUUUAUGGACUGAGUAUUAUCACCAUAUUCAGUUGGCGACAUCAUUUCGUAACCUGCGUAAAAGAAAUACCGGCGCAGGUCUCGUUUUCAUCAAAUGACAUUGUCGCCCAGUUUAACCUGCCUUCAACAUCAGCUCCAUCAACAGCACAUAACAAUGGAAAUCGCUCGAAAGGAAUAUAUAAUAUAGAAACUGGUGGUGACUAUCCAUCUAAAAAUUAUUUUACACAUCUCAGUUUUGAUUUUAUGCACAAUGUCUUGUUUGCGGGUGCAACAAAUAAAUUACUUAAACUUAACGAAAACCUUCGUGUGCUGUCUGAGGCUGUUACUGGACCCUUAAAUGAUUCACCACAAUGCCAUGCCGGAGGAUGUCCGGACGAUAUAGAGACAACUUUGGUCAACAAUUACAAUAAAAUUCUGGUAGUAAGCUACGCUCACGAUGGCAUUCUUAUAUCGUGUGGUAGCAUUCGUCAAGGAGCCUGCGAAAUUUACAGCCUGCCACGGUUCCCAGCAACGCCUCAGUUUUUUGCAGUGCCAUUGGCUGCUAAUGAUGAAAAUGCAUCUACAUAUGCAUUUGUGGGUCCGUCAAGAUAUUCAUGGAAAGAAGAAGAUAUAUUAUACGUAGGAACCACAUUUACAAACGUUGGUGAUUAUCGUCAUGACGUGCCGGCCAUCUCGUCCCGACGCCUUGAUGAUCUAAACUACGCAGAGUUUUCAAUACAGCAAUCAAUUAUUAACAUCGAUGUUAAAUAUCGAGACCAUUUCCUGGUCGAUUACGUUUAUGGCUUCAAUUCUUCUGAAUAUGCGUAUUUUGUAAUUGUUCAAAAAAAAUCACAUUUGGCAGAUGAAGCAGGUUAUGUAACCCGUUUGGCUCGUAUAUGUAUAACUGAUCCUAAUUAUGACAGUUACACUGAAAUAACUAUUCAAUGCACGGCAACUGAAAGCAACAUCGACUAUAACAUAUUACGUGAUGCUAAGGUAACACCAGCCAGCCAAAAAUUAGCUCAGAAAAUGGGAAUCAAAAAAGAUGAUCACGUAUUAGUAACAGUGUUUUCGCCAUCAAAAGAGAUAAGCGAUCAGCCAGAAAGCAGGUCGGCAAUGUGUAUAUAUAGCAUUAAAGAUAUUGAAGACAUGUUUAUUGAAAAUAUUCACCUGUGCUUUAACGGUACCAUAAAAGAUAGAAAUUUAGGUUAUAUAUCGGGCACCAUUAAUGAUGGCAGAUGUCCAAUUGUUGGUUCGCUCGGUAACAUUUACAACUUUUGCUCUGUAGGACUUAAGAUAAGCGGAGUAUCCCCUAUCACUACCCAUGCUCUCUUUCAUUUUGAUAACGUGUCCAUUACAUCAGUAACUGCUACUUCAACGACUGAUCAACAACAUUCCCUAGCUUUUCUUGGGACAGACAUGGGAGUUAUAAAAAAGGUUCUGUUAUCUGGCCAAAGUCCAGGUGAGUACGAAGAAAUAGUUGUGGAUGCUGGAAAUCGUAUACUGCCAAAUACAAUGAUGUCGCCAAAAAAGGAUUUUCUUUACGUUCUAUCUCAACGGAAAAUUACUAAACUUAGAAUUGAGCACUGUUCUGUUUACACAAAUUGUUCAGCUUGCCUUGAGUCUCGUGACCCGUUCUGUGGAUGGUGCUCUUUGGAAAAACGGUGCACUGUGCGGUCAACUUGUCAACGAGAUACAUCAGCAUCACGUUGGCUUUCAUUGGGAAGUGGUCAGCAAUGCAUUGAAUUUGAAUCUAUCAUCCCAGAAAAAAUACCAAUCACCGAGCUAACCCACCUCCAUUUAAUAAUUCGAACAUUACCAGAACCUUUUAAUGCAAAGUACCGAUGUGUCUUUGGAAAUUCUACACCCAUUGAUGCCGAAAUUCUGGACAAUGGACUUGGAUGCGCUACGCCCCCACUUGAUGAAAGGCCGGUUAUACCUACUAAUACUGACCACGUGUUGGUUCCAUUGUCAGUAAGAAGUUCGGAGACAAAUAAGGACUUUGUUUCGAGAUAUUUUGCAUUCUUUGAUUGUUCACAUCAUGGAAAUUGUCAAGAAUGUGUGCGCAGUUCCUGGGGCUGCAAUUGGUGUAUUUUUGACAACAAGUGUGUCCACAAAUCAUUAAAAUGUCGUAAUAUAGAAAUCGCUAUUAGUGCUGUUGGUCAAUGCCCCCAUUUGAAAAGGAAUCGUCCGGCUAUUCUUUUACCAGUGCGAGUGCCAAAAGAAAUUCGGUUAGAGAUUGAAAACUUACCAAAACCCAAAAGCGCUCAUGCAGGGUUUUUGUGCACAAUUCAUAUUGAAGCUGCUCAAAUGCUACUGCCUGCGCAUAUUGAGUCGAACAAAAUUGUUGUUUGUGAAAAAACACCCUAUUUCUACGAGACUAAUACACAUGAGUACGAAGCAAAGGUUGUAGUUACUUGGAAUUUCCAACACUAUGUGGACACAGCAAUCGUGACAUUGUACAAGUGCGACGUACUAGGCUCUCACAGGGAUCAUGCUGAUUGCAGUUUAUGUGUAACUCGUGAUCCAAAAUACAAAUGUGCCUGGUGCAGCAGCUCAUGUGUAUAUAAUGAGACUUGUAUAACAGACAGAAGUUCUAUCAGCGCAGCAUCUAAAAUGGCUUCAGAAAACGAGUGUCCUUUACCAAGGAUCGAUAUUAUUAAACCUUUAUCGGGACCUAUUGAAGGUGGAACUCUUAUUACAAUUGAAGGCAGUAAUUUGGGUAUUCGAGAAGAAGAUGUACGUGGUAAAAUAUUUAUCGGAACGGUUCCGUGUGAACUCGUAAAUUACCAAAUAUCUGUGAAGAUUGAGUGCCGUACUGGAGCAGCGAUGUAUGAAAUGUCAGCACCAAUUAAGGUCGCAAAUGAUGCUGGGUAUACUGAAUCAAGUGUACAAUUUCAUUUUAAGAACGUGCUGUUAACAGGAUUAUAUCCUAUGAUUGGACCCAGAUCGGGGGGAACACAAUUGUCAUUAAUAGGAAAGUUUUUGAACAUUGGAUCAACUAUGCGUGCGUUUUUAGAUGAGUAUGAGUGCCACAUAAAUGUUACCCAAGCUUCGUCUUCUCAAGUUAGCUGUACUACAUCAGAGGCGACGCAACCAGAACCAAUACGGUCACUCCACCUGGUUAUUGAUGGCGCCAACCGAACAUUAGAAUGCCAGAUCUCGGCUCCAAGCAUUACUAACAAAAAUCCGACACGGAGUAAUUUCGCUUCUUAUCAAUUCCGAACGCCACCACGGCAGCCCUGUUCUAUUUUUAAUUAUACCCAGGACCCGCGAAUAAUGCAAAUCAAGCCUCUACGCAGUUUUGUUAGUGGUGGUCGCGUUCUGACUGUUCAUGGAAUAUAUCUCGACUCAAUUCAAAAACCUGAGCUGGAGGUUUUCUUCGACAACGAGCGAGUAAACAAAACGUCUUGCAUUGUAAUUAACUCAAAUCAAAUGGAGUGCCCAUCUCCUCCUGUUAAUCAUAAAUUUCAAACUUUUAAAAAUUCCGACAAAGUUUUUAAUUCGGAAUUGGAAUUUAGAAACUCUUCUCCGACAACUGAAAAUGGAUUUCAAAAUGAAAUAAUUAGACAAAAGCGAAGAGCGGACUUCGUAGAAAACUUUCACAUAUACACAACUGGAGGAAGUGCGUCUAGCUAUUUCGGCAAUAAUAAUAUGGAUGUCACAACUUUUGUAAAGGUUCAUGAAACUCAACUAAAUUUACAACUAAGCUUUGUAAUGGAUAAUGUACAGCUUGUCCGAGACUUAAAUAAAUAUUUUCAUGAUAUAAGAAGCACCAUAGUUUAUUUAGCGGAUCCCAAAUAUUUGCCAUUUCCUAAUGACGGGAUUAAACUCUAUAAGGGUGACAGCUUGGUUAUAGAAGGCGAGCUUUUAAAUUUGGCAGCUGAUGAAUACGACGUUAAUGUAACCAUUGGUACUACUCAAUGCAACAUUACCAGUUUGGCACUUACACAACUUCUGUGCAUUCCACCGGAGCAGCAACCGCUCCCAACUGAUGAAAAUGGUGUGGAUCAAUCUACGGAUUUACCUCUUGUUGUGGUAAAAGUAGGUCGGAAUCUGCGUUUCGUUAUAGGAUAUUUAAAAUAUGAUUUAAAUAAACCUUAUGUCUUCUCACAUGCCUUGUUCGUCGUUAUGUUAACGGUAGCAGUUCUUGUCAUUGUUCUGGUUAUCGUGCUAAUAAUUUUCAGAAGAAAAUCUACACAAGCCGAACGUGAAUACAAACGCAUUCAGAUUCAAAUGAUUACCUUGGAAAGCAAUGUACGUUCUGAGUGUAAACAGGCGUUUGCGGAGCUUCAAACGGACAUGACCGAUCUCACAGCAGAUUUGGAAAGCACUGGCAUACCAACGUUAGAUCACGUCAAUUAUAUUAUGAAAGUGUUUUUUCCCGGUGUAUCAGAUCACCCAAUUUUAAAUUCUCCAAAAUUUCGCGGAAGUAGCCAACAUACUAACUAUGAUGCUGCUAUGAUGCAAUUUGAACAACUGAUUGGUAAUAAAUAUUUUUUACUUAUGUUCAUUGAAACUUUAGAGGCUCAAAGGUCAUCUUUUUCAAUACGUGACCGAGUUAACGUCGCUUCAUUACUUAUGGUUGUUCUAAUGAACAAAAUGGAAUAUGCCACGGAAAUCUUGAAGUCCCUUUUAUUGCGUUUAAUUGAUAAAUCUCUUGCCAGCAAGCAUCCUCAGCUAAUGCUACGUCGUACUGAAAGCGUAGUUGAAAAAAUGUUAACCAACUACCUAGCAAUUUGUAUGUACGAUUACCUAAAGGAGUAUGCUGGAUCCAAUUUAUUUUUGCUGUUCAAGGCAAUCAAGCAUCAAAUCGAGAAGGGCUUAGUGGACGCAAUAACCAACGAUGCUCGUUACUCACUUUCAGAAGAACGGCUUCUGCAUGAACAAGUUACCCAUUCCGUUGUCAUACUGCAUAUUCUACAAGAUGAUCUUGAUGAAAAGGUCCAAUGUCGUGUUAACGAUUGGGAUACCAUUUCUCAAGUCAAGCUGAAAAUUCUCGACUCAAUUUUUAAAAAUACUCCGUUUUCUAUGAGACCCUCUGUAUACGAAGUGGACUUAGAAUGGAGACAUGGUCGAGGAGGACAUCUCACAUUACAGGACGAAGACUUAACCACAAAAACAAUUAACGGAUGGAAACGGCUCAACACAUUGGCUCAUUAUGGAGUUAAAGAAUCUGCUGUAAUGUCACUUAUAGCGAGACAAAACGAUAAUUACCAUAUACCGUAUGGUAAAAACCAAAAUCCCGCUCCAUACCACAAUUUUUAUUUUAUUAAUAAUUCGCAAAGCCAUAUUAUAAUUAAUAAUGACAUCGAGUCAGGGUUGCAUCAGCCUCGACUUUACCAUCUUAUCAAGCCUAAUUUGCCUGACCAUUAUAUGAACAUUAAAAAUUCAGCAUUAUCUGGAGCGUCACCAGCAAUGCAAUCAUCGCAUUGCGUUAAUAGCUGUAAUGAAAGGGUCAACAAAACGAUUCCAGAAGUCUACUUAACACGCCUUUUGGCGACUAAAGGAACAAUACAAAAAUUUGUUGAUGAUUUCUUCUCAAUUAUUUUAACCGUUAACGAGGAAUUACCACCUGCAGUGAAAUGGCUUUUUGAUUUACUAGAUGAGGCCGCUCGACGUCAUGAUAUUGCUGAUACAGAUAUUGUGCAUGCAUGGAAAUCAAACUGUUUGCCGCUUCGAUUCUGGGUUAAUUUUAUAAAGAAUCCAGAUUUUAUAUUUGACGUAAAUAAAACUUUUUGUGUGGAUUCCUGUUUAAGUGUCAUUGCGCAGACUUUUAUGGAUGCCUGCUCAACAUCGGAACACAGACUUGGAAAAGAUUCUCCGUCGAAUAAGUUGCUUUUUGCAAAAGAUAUUCCAAACUAUAGAAUUAUGGUUAAGCAAUUUUACAGCGACGUAUCAAGGCUUCCACAAAUAAGCGACCAGGAAAUGAGUACUGCUAUGCAACAACUAUCAGUAAGACAAAAUGAGGAAUUUGAUACUAUUUCUGCAUUAAAAGAGUUAUACAUUUACAUAACCAAAUAUAAGGAUCAGAUUAUGGAAGCACUUGAAACCGAUAUAAAUUGCCGAAAGAUGCAACUUUCCCGAAAAUUAGAAAAUGUUGCUGCUACACUCGACGGCGACGGAACAUCUAAUUGCUGACAUAAGCAAGAAUUUGUUUGGACUUUAAAAUGUAUUACAUUUCGAUUCAGAUUUUGUUACCGAGACAAUUUUAAUUAUUGGUCCUUGGCAACAUUUUUAAUUUUUUAAUUAAAAAAAAAUGACUGGUUUAAAAAAUUGAGUACUUUUUAUAGUGUGCAUAGAAGUAGACAUAAAAAAUUGUUUCUAAACAAACAUGUAUGUACAAGAAGCAGGCUUUGUAAGAUAAGAUCAACAACCUUUUGAUAUUAUUGCGAAGAAAAAAUACACAACAUUUUCAAAGAAAUACUGAUCAUUUUUGCGUUGUAUACUUUUGUACUUGUACGCAAAAACACGUGCGUAUUGCCUUUAUUGCAUUUAAAUAUAGUAUGGCAAUCUAAGUAUAUAGACCUUUUGUCAGAUUAUCGUGAUAAGUAAGUAUAUAAUUAGCAAUACUCUUGUAGGGGAAACUGAUGUCCAAAAGUGGUUUCCAACGGACAAUGUUUUUUUUUAAAUAUACUUGAGAAAUUAUUUCUUUCACAUUUCAAUGUUUUUUUUUUGUUUUUCUUGAUACAUAAAUUUAAUUCUGUCACGGUUUGUACGGAUUUGUGCACGAGCUCAUCCAAUUUUUUAUUUAUCCAGGCUGGCUAACAUUCCAAUUUUAAACAUGAUCUGUCACUUUGUACCUCUGUCAAACUUAUAAUCCGCAGUUAAGGACUAUGAUCAUUAUAAAUAAUUAAAAAACUAAAAGAAAAGAAAAAACUUUUUAUUUUAAUAAUUUUUAUUAUUUCAUUCAAAUGCUUUAAGGGUAAAAUAAAGUUAUUCCGCAUCCGUGAUUCAACCGAUCGAUCACGUGACCGAUCUAUCAAAAAAUUUCAAGCCGUUUGAUUUGUAAGAAAAAACAUAAAAACCAUAGUAAAUCGCGGUACAUCGUGAAUACAUUUUUUUGUUAUUUUUGGGUAACAAGUAACCAAAAUUACGAAAACACGCAAAUAAUUUAGUUUUAGCUGAAAAGGUUAUAUUUGUAUAACGACAUGGAUAUUUUCGUAAAUCGAAUUCGAUUACCCAAUUUCGCUCGAUUUUAUGUAAUAAAAGUAAUAUCUUUCAAAAUGUGUUGUGCAUUUUACCUUCGCGUUAGUAAAGUUUGUAAGCAAGUUAAGAACUGAUCAAUAUAUCCCUAUCAUAAAAAUUUCUGUAAUCAUAUUAAGAUAAAAAAUGUUAAUAAAUAUAUUUGUAUUUAAUAUUAAGUCCCAAAAACAUAAAUGAAAUUGAUAGAUUAUCUUUCUCUUUAACAACGAUGAACCUCGAUUUAGAAUAACUUUGCGCCAGAUAAUAUUUAUCUUUCGACCACGAUUCUCUUUUUAUGUCAAUUAAAAUAUAUAAUUUGUAAAAGAACGGUAAAUUAAAAAAAAAUAAUAAUAAACAAAUGUAA